AUGCCUACUCGCCUUACCAAGACCCGCAAGCACCGCGGUCACGUCUCCGCCGGUCACGGACGUGUCGGCAAGCACCGCAAGCAUCCCGGUGGUCGUGGUAUGGCCGGUGGUCAGCACCACCACCGCACCAACAUCGACAAGUACCAUCCCGGUUACUUCGGAAAGAUUGGUAUGAGGUACUUCCACAAGCAGCAGAACCUGUUCUGGAAGCCCGUCAUCAACCUCGACAAGCUCUGGUCGCUCAUCCCCGUUGAGAAGCGCGAGGAGUACCUCACCAAGAAGGGUGGCAACGCUCCCGUCCUUAACCUCCUCGACUACGGCUACUCCAAGCUCCUCGGAAAGGGCCGUCUCCCCGAGGUCCCCAUCGUCGUCCGCGCCCGCUACGUCAGCGCUGAGGCUGAGAAGAAGAUCAAGGAGGCCGGUGGUGUCGUUCAGCUCGUCGCAUAA